GCGCAGCCGGCCGCCUCCCGGGAGCCCGCGGACGGCGCCGAAGCGGAGGAGCGCUCGUUGCAGCACAUGCUGCGCGCCAUAGCGGAGGAGCGCGGUCGCCUCAACCUGCGCCGCGAGGUCUGCGGCCUGGGGUGCUUCAAGGAUGACCGAAUCGUCUUCUGGACAUGGAUGUUUUCCACCUACUUCAUGGAGAAGCUGGCCCCCAGGCAAGACGACAUGCUUUUCUACGUGCGCAGGAAGAGAGCCUACCCGAGCAGUGAGAGCGGCGUCGAUGGGAGGAAGGCUGAGGCUGAGCCUGAGGUGGAGGUGGAAGUGUACCGGAGGGACUCCAAGAAGCUUCCAGGCCUGGGAGACCCUGACAUCGACUGGGAAGAGAGUGUCUGCCUGAACCUCAUCCUGCAGAAGAGAACAUCCCUGGCCAUACCUGAGGUGGCUGUCGCGUCCAGGCUGGCUUCUCAGCCCUGUGCUUUGCUUUCUUUUUAGCAAGUGUUUGCAUCCCCCAGCAAACACCCCAUGGACAGCAAAGGAGAAGAGUCCAAGAUGAGCUACCCCAACAUCUUCUUCAUGAUCGACAGCUUCGAGGAGGUUUUCAGUGACAUGACCGUAGGGGAAGGAGAGAUGGUCUGCGUCGAGCUGGUGGCCAGCGACAAAACCAACACGUUCCAGGGCGUCAUCUUCCAGGGCUCCAUCCGCUACGAGGCGCUCAAGAAGGUGUACGACAACCGCGUGAGUGUGGCGGCUCGCAUGGCCCAGAAGAUGUCAUUUGGCUUCUAUAAGUACAACAACAUGGAGUUCGUGCGCAUGAAGGGGCCUCAGGGCAAGGGCCACGCCGAGAUGGCAGUCAGCCGCGUGUCUACCGGGGACACGUCCCCCUGCGGGACCGAAGAAGACUCAAACCCGGCGUCGCCCAUGCAUGAGCGGGUGACCUCCUUUAGCACCCCGCCCACCCCGGAGCGAAACAACCGGCCCGCCUUCUUCUCCCCGUCCCUCAAGAGGAAGGUGCCACGGACCCGCAUUGCAGAGAUGAAGAAGUCACACUCAGCCAACGACAGCGAGGAGUUCUUCCGAGAGGACGACAGCGGAGCCGACCUGCAUAAUGCCACCAACCUGCGGUCUCGAUCCCUGUCCGGCACAGGACGGUCCCUGGUUGGGUCCUGGCUGAAGCUGAACCGAGCUGAUGGAAACUUCCUUCUCUAUGCACACUUGACCUACGUCACCUUGCCACUGCAUCGGAUCUUAACAGACAUCCUGGAAGUACGGCAGAAACCCAUCUUGAUGACCUAGUGUGUGUGGAGCCUGCACAGAGCCCCGGCCCUGCCUGGCCCUGGGAAUGCUGCCAAGUGCCUACCUGUCACCGCCACGGGGGUCUUCUGUGACAAGCCAGCGCCGGAGCUGCAGCCAGGCAGGGCCACUUGACUCCUGGGGCCAGGGCCGACUCCAUGAACACCAGCCCAAACUGAAGUGCCUCCUCCCUCGCUGGCUCUGCUCCCACCCUGUCCCGCGCUCGGCCCCCUCAGCCCGUCUCUGGAGAGCCUUCUGCUCCCAAAGAGGGCCAGAGACACUAAGAGGUCAGAGAGCGUGAGGGGCUGCCAGCUUCCCGAAUGUUCUUAGACCUCCCGACCUCGACUCCAUCCCCCUGCCGGGGCUCUGUGCCAGGCCACUGUCCACACAUCCUACACAAAGCCAGUUGAAGAUUUUGUAAUGCAGUCCUGACGGACUUCAGCUCGCCAGUCAGUCCCAACUUGUUCUCCCAUAGUCAUUAUUUGUCGCCGUGGGUUCCAGCUGGGAGUCUCACAGGACAUGAGCUGUUUGUCGGCUGGGAAUACCUCGCCCGAUGCCUAGCUCAGAAUGGGUCUCCACCUCCAGCUGGGCAGACAGGCCCCGAUCCCCCAGAAUGGCCUUUGCUUCCAUCCAAAGAACACCGCCAACACACACACCUCCGACCCCGAGAUGUCCUGCGUCAAUCUCGGCUGGAGGGACGCAGGAUUUGGUUCUGAAGGAACGUGGGAGGGAACUUCUGCUGAGGGAUGUCUGAUGGGGACCGGGGUUGGAAGCCUCCCAGGGGGGUUUUUAGGCAGAAUCACCCUGGGGCCAGAGCUCAGAGCAAGGCUGGCACUGUCCCCUCUGCCUCCGUGCUUUUGGUCAGCAUGCUGGUCUUGUCCUCAGCCUGGCUUCCUAGGCAGAGAGGAGCAGACUGGCUGCUCAUGAGCCCACGUCAUCCUUGGUGAGUGCCAGUGGCCAUGGGUCACCAGCCCAAGGCUCACCCUGGCAGUGUGCUCUAGCUGAGGCCUCCUCUGCCCAACUGGAAUAAACUGGAAGCUAGGCCUCCUUUUGCCACUGGGUUUAGUGUCCCAGAUUCUGGAGAAAUCAGCAGUGUAUGCAGAGCUCGGCCCUUCUGGGCUAUAGAGCAGGAACAGGAGCAUGGCUCCAAUCCUUGGUCUUUGGGAGUGGGGACUACUUUGGGGCUUUCUCUAGAUUUUGUAUGUUGUUAUUAAAAGCGAGCUAUUGCAUUUCAUUCUGCCUCAGUUUGCCCACCUGUAAAAUGGGGCUUAUACCACCUACCUCACUGAAGUCUCCAGGGUUCAAGUGCAUGGUUGGGUCAGGGCUUGAGACCACCUGUCAUUCUGCAUAGCUCAGGCUGGGUCUUAGGAGUGGGUGUUAGGUGGCCAGGAAGCUCGCCUCUCCUGCCUGCUCUGAAAUAACUCCUUCCAAAGGGACAAGUUUAGACACUGGUCUUCUGCUGGAGCCUGGGUCCAUGCUGUAGUCUAACCACUGAAGCAGACUCACAUCCUGCCCCAGAAUGCCGGAGUACCUCAGGCCUAUGGGUGUGGCCCUGCAGUCUAGGGUUUCCAUUUCUCCUGCAGGGGUGUGACUGCUGUUCCACAUUUGUUUCUAGGGAGGUCCUAGCAGCCUGCCGCUUCAGGACCCUAGCCAUUCUGGGGUCCGAACACUCUGGACUUGAUAUCUUGGGGGAAAUGCAGCCAGGUGUGUGGUCUGCAGAAGACUGAGGCCGUCCUGGACUGUAGCAAUUCCAUGGCUUCUCUUUUCUGGGAGUUUCCCUCUCCCAGAGCUUAGCCAUGUUCUCUCAGCUGGGCUUGGGCAAGACUGGCUUCUCUAAGCUGGGGUAACUGUGAAUACAAGUGCUUCCCAGGUUGGAGGAAGGUACAGUCUGUGUCAUGCAACUUGGCUCUGUGCGGCACAUGGAAGUAACUGAUAUCCACAGGCCCAUUUCCAAUGCUUAGGUACCAUCAUUCCAUUUAUAGAGGAGGAAAGCACCCCAGAGAGGCUGAGUGAACUCCAAGCUGAACCACGAGGAACAGUGGAAGGAGGCAAGCUUGUUCUAAGCCCCAGUCUACGAUUGGAACUGCAUGCUGUCCCUGAGGACACAGCCAGACAUUCGGUCAACCUUCCCCUUUCUCCAAAGGGUACUUUUGAGUUCCAAACAUGUUGAGGCUCUUGAGAACUGGGAUAGAAUUCUGACGUUUACUUUUUCAAAUAGCUGACAUCAGAGGGCCAGACAUGUCUGCAAAUCUCAGUACUGAGGCUGAGGCAGGACAGUUCCCAGCUAGCCUAGGCUAUAUAGCAAGACCCUGUCUCAAAGUCUGAGAGUGACUAGUGACAGAAUCCUAGGGUUGACAGACUGGCUUCUGAGACCAUCUUUCCUUUUCCUGGGAACAUGCCUGUCCUCACACAACACAGUGACACAUGGCAGCUGGAAUUCAAGUGCAACUGUGUUUUGAGGAAACCUUGGUGUCAGUCUUUAGGACACUAAGAAGCAAGCACUGUUUGCUUUGUGCUCUUUGGAGGGGGCGUCUCUGUUUCUUAAGGCCAUGUCCACCUUACCUCCUGGGAUCUUGCUGGAAUCCCAGCUGCCUACAAAGGCAGCCCAGGCUCAUUUCUACUCCAAAAGAUUAUUAUCUAAAACACAGGCAAAAAAUGAAAUAAGCCAGGUGUGGUGGAGCACACCUUUAAUCCCAGCACUUGGGAAGCAGAGGCAGGUGGCUCUCCAUGAGUUCGAGGCCAGCCUGCUCUACAGAGUGAAUUCAGGACAGCCAGGGCUACAUAAUGAGAUCCUGUCUCAAACAAACAAACAAACAAACAAUGUUUUCAUUAAAAGACAUCCCAGCCCCUAUGUAGUUCGUCUAGUGUAAUAACUAUAAAAAAAAUUUUUGACCAUGUCGUAAGUAGUCUGAAGUUUUUGGCCAAAACUCUGGAUGUAUUGAGUUUUGAUUAUUUAGGUCCAGUUCAUUUUUCAGGUUAGCUUUACAAUCCAAGUACCUUGAUAGCACACGGCUCCUCCGUCCAGGCUCUCUUUCACCUCUGUAUCAUUACACAGGACUGUCCCCUGGAUGUAGCCUCCCUAAAAAGUCAAUAUAAAACCCAAAGGACUGAGCGCUGUGAGACAUGAACGUACACAGGAGUCGCCGCCGUCCCUGGCAUGAUCAUGAGCUUGAACAGAAGUAGCCUUUUGGGGCAUCAGCAAUGGCCCUUUUGGGAGAGUAGCCAGAGUGCCCCCUGUCCCUCUAGGUGAGGAGUGGCAGUGCCUGAAAGGCCAUCACUGAUGAGAUACUGACAGGAACCUGCGGGUCUCCACAGGCCACUGCUGGCAGCACCACACCAAGCUAAGUGACUUGACAGCUAUGGCUGGGGUGGGGACCUGAGUUUUGCAGCAGGUAGAUCCUCAGAAGGGGAGGGAGCCAUGGCCUGCUGACAGCUUGUGUUUACAGGUUUCUGUUUCCAAGGUGAUUUCAGACCACGAGCUACCAAUAGUUUGUGUGUGUGUGUGUGUGUGUGUCAGUGUGUGGUCUAUUUUUGAGACAGGGUCUAUGUAGCCCAGGCUGGCUUCAAACUUGCUGUCUAGCAGAGAAUGACCUUGAGCUGACUAAUGAACCUUCUGCCUCCACCUCCAUGUGCUGGGGUUACAGGCUUACACCACUGUGCCUGGUGUUAUGCUGUGGUGGGGGUGGAACCCAGGGCUUUGUGCCACUGGGCACGCACUCUUACCAGCUGGACUGUGCCCCUCGGUGCAGUCCUUUCUACAUUCUUUUGACUUCAGCCCCUUACUUAGUAGGUCAGGAAACUUAGAUGCAAAUAGCAAUCUUCCCUCUUCCAAAAUUAUAUGAGUAAUUAUACCUACAAAAAUUGUUUUUUUUUUUUUGUUUCUGUUACUUCAAAACGUGAUUUCUACAAAAAACCAUUUCAACGAAGACAUGAGUACAUUGAAUGAGUUAGUGUACGGAUUGCAGGUGGCUUUCCCAUGGACACCCUCACCCAACAGAAAGCCUCUCAAGGCAGGCUUUGUGGCAGCUGUUGACUUUGCUUUAUGAUUUCAUAAUUAUUAGGGACGUUGCUUUGCAUUUUAGAGACACUGAAAAUGAGUUUUCUUAGAAGUGACCCUGGCCCAUACCUGUUUCUUUUAAUACGCGUUUCAGGUUAAUACAGACACUACAGCAAGUCAGGGGAAUGACCUUGACUUUGCGGCAAGCUUUGCCACAGACACUGUUCUGAAAUGGUUCCCGCUGGGGUUGACAGGCCACCCCAUGCACUGGGCUGUCCUGCUGGCUGCUGGUCUGUGAAGACCCUGUGAGGGGACAGUGACCAUGCUGGCCAGAGGUGUAGGCGUUUCCAAAGCUAUCACACGAUGCCUUUUGGGCUUGGUUCUGUGCUCCCAUGAAAAUACACCCUGGCAGUGUUUGGACUGAGACUUCCCAAGCUUUUCUAAGACUCCCAGAAAAACCCUUCUGGCAGUGGGAAGAUGGCUGGAAUACAAGUUGGAACCUAGUGAGAGUUUAGGAAAAAUCCUGGCAGGUGCCUUCCUGUCCCUGUCACCCAGCACCUCUGACGGUGGGCUGCUGAGCAGGCACCUGCAAUCACCACAGCUUGAAAAGAUCACAGCCACUUUCUCAUGCAUAGGGAGCAUGCCAAAUGACUUGUGUCACAAGGAACUGGGCCUAAUAUAUAUACACAGUGGAGUUAGGAAUCAGCCCCUCCCCUAGAACCACCAAACCAGGAGAGCCCUGUGAACUGGAACCGCCAACUGUAAGGUGGUAGGAAGGAGGCGUGGGCUUAGCAGGUAAGUCAUGCCUCCUUGCUAUCCCUGGGUAGCCUGAAGUCUCUGCCCUGGAUGCUGGCUGCAGUGCGCGCCUUCCAGCUUCCCAGAUGCCGUGGGAAGAGAGUUCUGUCUCAGGUCUUUUAUCCGGACCCAUACCUUUUAGGAGCAGCUGUCAGCCCUAGCAUGGAAGAAAAUGCUCCCUGAAAAGGAAAACCUUCCAGAACAUAUGGAGAAAAGAGCAAUGUAAAAUAACGUACUCCUUGUAGCUCAUUGUAUAUACCCAUGUCACCUGGAGACAUCGGACUUUGUGCUUGUUAAAGCGACAGGAAGCUGGGAAACAAGGAAGGGAAAGCUUGCUUUGGGGGAUGGGUGAUAAAAGAAAGGGUCCUGUUCUGUUCUUAACAAUGUCGCUCACUGGCCUCCUACAGCCUCAUGUAAGCCAACAGGCUAGCAAGACUUUUCUCUCCUCUAUGUGGAUGGCUCUUUCAUUUUGGAAUCUGACUUUAAUAAAGCAAUCAGGUUGCUCAGUUUGAAAUAA